AUGGAGAUGGAAGGACCAGGGGUGUACGGGGCCACCAUCAUCCUCAGCGAGAACAGGUGGGAGCGCUUCCAAAUUGCCGUGGAUGGUGACGUCGCGCGUGUGCUCCACCCGAUCCUGCCUCAGGGCGACAAGUGCUGUCCUGUUGCAGGGCCCGAGGCUGUGCUUCAGAUCCUCAGCUGGCACAUCGACGGCCGCCCCAAAGAUGCAAUGCAGGCCGAGGACCUGCCGGACACGAGCCAACAGAAGCAGCUCACCAUUGGUGACAGCAAUGCUUGGACUGUCAUAGUACCUGAUGAGCUGCCUUCCUUCGACGACCAGACGGCCGUCGCGGGGGACAGGUUUCGGGUCCGUCUACACGUUCAGGGGCGCUGGAGGAUGGUAGACUGGGAGAAGCUGCCGAAGGAUGAGGAAACGGACACGCCUGCCGACCGAGCGUUCCGGGCAAGCUUGGAUGGACUCGUUGGCACUUACCAGGUUGUUGGCAGCUGGACAAUGAACGAUUGCCAGGUCCUGGGCCCUAGACGAAACGAUGCCGAGGCGGCUGUGCAGCCGCAAAGGCUUUUAAAGGCACCGAGGGCAGGCACCCCAGGCACGCAACUCGGCGCUGCCGAGGCCGAGACGGUCUCAGGCAGCUCGGCCUCGGCCUGGUCGGCGGAGCAGCGCUGCUCUGCGACGCGUCCGCACCGCGAGCUGGGCUCCAUGACGAGGGGCUACGCAUGCAGAGACGUGAUGGAGCGCGUCCGGGUCAGGCCAGCACCAGCGAAGUUCUUAGCUUGCGAGGAAGGCUCAAGUGAAAGGCUCCCUUCUCUGGCGCGGACCCUGCCUUGUGGCCUGCCCGUUCUGGACCAGAUCGCGUGGUGGGACGUUGGGGGCGAGGUCCCCUACACAGGGAAGCUUCGGGCUUUGCUCGAGGCUGGCGGCGCGAGUUUUUACGACGAUGACCAUCGCAACUUCCUGAAAUCGCCGAUGGUUUCCUUGGUGGCCAUAGGCGGUGUUCCAGUGAGGCCCACAUCAACUGAUACGUUAGAGAUGCUGUAUGGAGACGUGGUCGUGCCCGUGCCUCUCGAAAGCAUUCGCAAGGCAUUGCGAAACCAGAUGGGCAUGACGGCCAUGUUCUCCUAUCUCAACCGCAGAGCUGUGCCGGCAGAGGAGAUGUGGGAGGUUGUUGCCAAUCUUGGCCAUUUCUCCGUUGGUCAUGCUGCCCACCUAUCCUUUGUGCUUGUCGGUCAUAGCUGUGCAGUGGAGAAUGAAAUCAACAGCCAGCGAGACGUUGUACAUCUCGGACGUCUGACAGUGGCCAGAACCAGAGCACAGAAGGAUCCUCCACUGGUCGUCCAGUUGCCAGAACUACUGCCGGCGUACAAGGAGCUCCGCCAAAAGGUUGAGGAAUGCGUCCUCUCUGAAGUGGACAAGCGGCCAAAGAGUUCGUCAAUCUCCAUCCAAGAUUGGCAGGAAGCUCUGUAUUUGGGAUGGCCAUCUGCGAAGGCGCAUGUCGCCGUUCUGACGGGCAGCCUUCGCAACCUUCAGAAGCUGGUGGGCAGCAUCGAUGACGAGGGGAAGGAGGCCGAGUAUCGGGCCCUUCUGUGGCAGAUCGCUGUUGCGUGCAACAUCCUGCUGCCAGACAUGUUUCCGGAUCCAAACAAGAAGUUCAAGUGGCGGCCGCCAGAUCACAUGAUGCCGAAACAUCUUCAAGAUCGUCUGAGAAGCACGUAA